UCCGUCAGGGAGAGCCGCCUUGCGAGGCUGCUGGGAUCGUGCAUAUCGUCCCUGACGUGCCAGGUAUCGGUCCUGGCGCACGUGUCAGGCGCGCCUGGGGACUACCAGGAGACGCUCGCCCUCGUCCAGUUCGUGUCCAGGAUCCACCGGCUGAGGAGGCGACGCCUCAAGGGCGUCGGAGGAGGGUGGAGCCCAGGUGAAGAGGGUUCGUCGUCGUCGGUGGACCCGUCGAGCAGCGAACAGAGCGCGGACACGGUGAUAUACCUGGGACCGAGCGUGGACGACGCGACGGACGGGGAGCAUCCGCCGGGCCCGGGUAGGGCUCGGUUCCCGCCGUUUCGCAGCCCGGCGCCGCCUCGACGUGCUCCCGCGGUGCCCCUGCGGGUCCCGCAGACACCUCCUCCCCGACGACACCUCUACCCGGAGGAGCAGUGGGUGGACGGUCCGCGGUUCCCCCGCGCGAGGGUACUCGAGGCGAUCCAGGUCAAAGGAUGCCUGGACCGGGACAGGAUCUCGAGGGUGGAGCAAUGGGUGGCCACACAGGAGCAGUGGGUGGCCACGCAGGAGCAGCUGUUGGCCGCGCAGGAACUCUGGGUGGACGCACCCACGUCCUGGAAAGUCCAGGACGCGAGAAAAUCCGAGGACGUCUCGGAGGACGAGACGGACACCACUUCGUCCAUUUCCACCGGCGUCCAGACCAACGAUCAAGAUGGCGAGGAAUCCUGGAAGGCAGACGACGAACUGACGCCAAGCAGCGAAGCAAAGAGCUUCGGCUCGAAGGAGAUGAUCGAAGUCCCCGUCCGCGACGACCAGGUGAACGAGUCGGAGCUCGCGGCGACGAUGUCGGCGAUCGAGAACCCGCUGCCGGAGUCGGACCAGGAAAACGUGGAUCACCCGCUGAGGGCGCUGAGCCGGGAGGCCAUCGUCGAGCCCGUUUCGGACCGGGAGUGCAUGCAGCUUGUGUGCUUCCCGUCUGGUCCCGCGGAUCGAUGCGAGACGGGAAUAAGGAAACAA